UGGCGUCUCUGCAUUAGUUCAGUUCGUGUUUGUCAUCGAAGAGAAGAAGAAGAGAAUAUUACUCGCUGUGAUCGAAAGAAAGUGUGGAAUAAUUUUUACAAUAAAUUUGACCACCGAGAAAAAAAUUCAAUUUAAUUGAACUCCAAAGCAUUUGGUUCAGCUCCAAAAUAAAUCAGUCGUUUUAGAUUCUCAAGCAGUGAAACGUAUAAAGCUACAAAUCAUGAGAAAUCGCACGGAAUUGGUAACAAAUACACUGGCUUCAGAAAAUGAAGAGGAGCCAUCAGACUUGGACGAUUCCGAGGAAGACUGGAAACCAGCUGAGAAAAAGAAGGGCGGACCCGGUAAAGUAACAAAAGCUAGUCCAAAGGCUGCCCCGAAACGCAAAUCGGCUGGUCCAAAGAGUACAAAGCGACCGGCGGCGAAAAAGUCCAAAAAAGACGAUUCUGAAGAGGAGGACGAAGACGAGGAAGAGGACGAGUCCGAAGAGGAAUUGGACGACGACGAAGAGGAAGAAGAGAGUAACGACGGAAAAACGCCAAAGAAGGCGACACCUCAAAAGAAGACAAAAUCGUCGCUCAAUGCCAAAGGCUUUCCGGAUAAGGAUGGGAAGUUCGAUUUAUACAUUUUCAAAAACGAUUUGUCAAAGGACUUCAAAAAUGAUCCGAAACUUUGUAUGUGGCGUCGAGAUGGAUCGAGUCUACUGCAGAAAUAUCUUAAAGCACAAGACGACGACAAUGACAAGGACAUUUUAUUCAAAGCCUCGUCAGUGUAUUCCUGUUGGGAGGAGAAACGCAAACACGAUUUCUUUGAGAUCAAAGUUCAGUGUGUCGGUGAUAAGAAAGACGGUGUGGUGAAAGUACUUGACGUUGAAGAAUUAACGAAAUUCGCAUUGGAAGAUCGUCCAAUGAUCGAUACGGGCAUCAAUGAGGAGGAUGGCGGCGAUGGCGAAGAGAACGAAGAGGAUGAGGACGAAGGCGACGAGCCGGAAGAUGAAGAGUAAGCCGAGUAAAACCGGGUUUGCUCGACGAAACAGUAAAACACCUCCCACCCCGCAAGCAUUUUGUUUUUCAUUCGAGUCUUUUUUUUUGAACUUUUUUUUUCAAUUUCACAAAACCAAUUUUGGUUUGACAAUAUAUUCAAAGACAAAUCUGAAUGUGUGAGAGAUUUCAGCGUUACGUUUAUCGUUGUUCAGUAAUUUCACUACACAGAAAACCGAAUCGUUACGAGAGAAAUCGACGCCACUUUAGAUUGUAAGAGAAAUAUUUUGGGAUUUUUACCGGGAAAAAUUUUAAACUUUUAAAAAAAUGAGAAAUUUUUACCCAGACUGUCACUAAAUGCUUGAUAUAAAUAUUGAAUUCCAUGUUCGUUCGUUGACGUAUAAAUAUAGAAAAGUAAAAAUUUAAACAAAAUGUAAAAUCAGCUCUUAAGGGACACAUUAAUUAGGCAGCGUUACAUUCACAGAAAACAAACAAACAAAAAAAAGCAAACUGAGAAACUGAACGAAUCAAGAAGAAAAUGUACAAUUUGACACUCGACAUGUAAUAUUUUAUGUUCAAAUUUGUAAUUGCGAUUGUGAAUUCAAUUUAAAU